AAUAUGUUGGCCACCGAGCUUGGGUGUUUCACGCAGCAGCGUAAAACAGGUGUUGUGGACGAUUCGGGUCAUAGAAUACCUGAUGAAGCCACCAAUCGGAUUUGUUGUGGGGCACGUACGACUAAGGUAUACGUGGCGAACGGAUCUGACAUUACACACGUGUGCGGGGCUAACACGUAUAUGAUCGUGAGUAGGUGGACGACCGUACUGAAUCAUUUCACCUUCACUGAGAAGCAGUAAGUCGCAAGCAAUCCGGAGAGAGAACGGUAGCGAGUUAUAAUCCCAUUUUCUUCCAUCUCUCUCCCGUCGUUAAUGGCGUCUCUCCAUCUUUCUUCCUGAAAUCCUCUCUCUCUCUCUCAUCAAAAUCCCCUUUCUCUUCGCAGCCAUGCCUGGCCUGGUUUCCAUCAAAACCCCUCCCAAAACCCCACCUCUCCAAAUUCUCCUCCCAAACGGCUCAGAUCCUCCCAUCCAAACCCAUCAAGAAGAAGAAGAAGACCGUCCCGCCUCCCAACAAACCAAAUCCAGAUCCCCGAUUCCGAAGAAAACCCCUUCUCCAUCCCCCUCCUCGUCCUCCCGCGUCAGGAAGAAAACCUCGCCACAGCCCGAGAAGUCGAUAUCCGAUGAUUCGUCGCUCGAAAACCCCGAUCUCGGCCCUUUCCUUCUCAAGCAAGCGCGCGAUGCGAUCGCAUCCGGCGGCAACGCCCACCAGGCCCUGGAUUUCGCGAUCCGAGCGUCGAGAUCAUUCGAGCGGUGCGCCGGGGAAGGGGAGCCGAGCCUGGAGCUGGCCAUGAGCCUACACGUGGUGGCCGCGAUCCACUGCAGCUUGGGCCGGUUCGAGGAGGCGGUGCCGGUGCUGGAGCAGGCGGUCGGGGUGCCCGACGUGGCGCAUGGGCCCGACCACGCGCUUGCGGCCUUCUCUGGGUUCAUGCAGCUUGGCGACACGCACUCUAUGCUGGGGCAGAUGGAACGGUCCAUCGCGUGCUACGACGCGGGGCUGAAGAUCCAGAUGGAGACGCUGGGGGAGACGGAUCCGAGGGUCGCGGAGACUUGCAGGUACCUUGCUGAGGCCUAUGUCCAAGCAAUGCAAUUCGAUGAAGCUGAGAAUCUCUGCCGGAAGACCCUUGAAAUCCACCGUGAGCACAGUGCUCCAGCAUCUCUAGAAGAAGCUGCAGACCGCCGGCUCAUGGCCCUCAUCUGCGAAGCCAAGGGUGAAUUUGAAUCUGCACUUGAGCACCUUGUCCUUGCCAGCAUGGCUAUGAUUGCCAAUGGCCAAGAAAAUGAAGUUGCCGCCAUUGACGUUAGCAUUGGCGACAUCUAUCUCUCUCUUGGUCGAUUUGAUGAAGCCAUCUUCUCCUACGAGAAGGCCCUCACUGUUUUCAAAUCUACCAAGAGUGACAAUCACCCAUCAGUGGCCUCAGUCUUCGUACGCCUUGCUGACCUCUACUACAAGACUGGCAAGCUCCGUGAGUCCAAAUCCUACUGCGAGAAUGCCCUCAGAAUUUAUGCGAAACCCGUGCCCGGUACCACUGCCGAGGUGAUCUCCAACGGGCUGACUGAGAUUUCAGGAAUCUAUGAAGCCAUGAAUGAACCCGAGCAGGCAUUGAAGCUCUUGCAAAAAGCAAUGAAGCUAUUGGAGGACACACCUGGGCAGAGGAGUACGAUUGCUGGGAUUGAGGCGCAGAUGGGCGUGCUGUUUUACAUGGUUGGGAGGUUUGCAGAGGCAUGGAGCUCCUUCGAUAGUGCUGUGGCAAAGCUCAGAGCCUGUGGGGACAGGAAAUCAGCAUUUUUUGGAAUUGUGCUGAACCAGAUGGGAUUGGCAUGUGUACAGCUUUACAAGAUAGAUGAAGCAGCUGAGUUGUUUGAAGAAGCAAGAGGGAUUCUGGAGCAGGAGUGUGGGCCACACCAUCCAGAUACUCUUGGCCUGUAUAGCAAUCUCGCAGCAACUUAUGAUGCCAUGGGCAGGGUAGAAGAUGCAAUUGAAAUCUUAGAAUACAUCCUCAAAGUGAGGGAAGAGAAACUUGGGACAGCAAACCCCGAUGUGGACGACGAAAAGAAAAGGCUGGGUGAGCUCUUGAAGGAAGCUGGUAGAUCCAGGAACAGGAAAGCGAAAUCGCUUGAGAAUCUCCUCGGUUCCAACUCUCAGAGGAUAAAGAAAGACGGAACAAGGAGAUGGUCUGGUUUGAGUUUCAGAACCUGAAAAUGAAUCCCUCUCCACCUCUGUAACAUACAUAGUAAGAAACGUGUAAAGGUUGGGAUGGGAAAUCGGCUGGCUUCCUGCUUUCUGAGCUUAUUUUUAUCCUUCAUUUGUUUCCGUCCUCUAUAUUGUUUAUUUUUUGAACAUUUGUGUUAUGGUUGGAGCUCGCAUAUAGUUUAUAUUUUCGGGUAUGUAUGCUGAAUAAGUAUUUAAUCGUUUGCCUCUUAAUCCAUUGUAUAUCUUCAUUCCCGCAUGAUUUGAAACUCUUGUAUGGAUGUUUUCAAUAUUGAAAGAGAAACCACUGCAAACUAGUAAUGAGAUUACAGUUCUUUUAAACUCA